UUUUCCCUCUUUGUUCUCAGAGAUAACGGAGAAUGCAAACGACUUCAAGACAAUGAGUUCCCACUCAUAACGCGAGUGAUGUUGGGACCAAAUGAAUCGGCGGCCAAAGUGUUCAUAUUUAACAAGAAUAAGGACGAGAUAUCCAGUGAAGUCGCCCAAUACCUGCGCCUAUCGAACCCCGAGCUCCAGAUGUUCCUCAAGAAGUUCGAAGAGGAAGAGAUCCGUGAGAUAAACAAACUGAAGAAGAGGUUCGCAGACGUGAAGAAAUGGAUUAAAUUAAGACUUAAAGAACUGGAGGCAUAGAAAUCCCAUUUGUUUAAUGGUUUACAAUCUCUUUCUUAUGACAUCUAUUGAUAUAGAAAUCAUGUAUCCAUACAACGGGGCCAAAGUCGGGGGUAUUUUUAGUGCUAACCCUCCCGACGAUCCCCUGUUAUUAACUAUACUAACAAAUAAUAUACUUAUUUGUCUAAAAUUAUACCAAAUUAUACGAAAGUACUGCCCAUUGAUUAGUUGACCAA